ACAGGGUUCGGCUAAAACCUGUUUCCCUUAGUGACUGUAAGGCUCCUUGGCUGCGACACAGGUCCUGCAUCCUGACCGCUGGCCUCAACCUGCUUUCUAUAUAAGGCGCAGCAAGGCGGGCGGCCAGUCAGACGCCGCUAAGACCUGCAAGAUGACACAACUCAAGACAGGCGCGGCUGUGUGGCUGAGAGUGGUGGUCGCUGCAGCCUUCGUCGCCUCCGCCAUGAGUCAGACAGUGGAUCUUGCCGUCCCCAGCAUCCCCGCCAGCCAGGAGGACUCGUCUCUGGCUAACCUCUGGCGCCAGGCCCUUAGGAAGCAGACGGGAGUGGAACUCAGCGAUGAGCCAACCGUCAAAACAUACCUUGCACCGAGCUACGGGGAGGUGGUCAACUGGGUCCCGCAAGGCAGCGCGCACCCCCUCUACGUCGCCGAGUACCAACCGCUCCUGCGUGAGAUCCUGCGGGACUACAUGGUGGCCGAGAAGGUCCUGCCCGACGACCAGAGGAUGACCCAACCCAACGGCCUCACAGUGACCAACCUCAACGGAAAGUCGGUGACGUUCAAGAAGACAGCCACUGGGAUCACCGUGAAUGACAUACCCGUGGAGGAGUCGAAGGUGAACGCGGACGGCACAGUCAGCUACCUCCUGGCCGCGUCGCUCUUCGGCCACCGCGAGCAGGUCAACACAGCGUGGGAGGAGAACAAGAAGAAGAACCCCGCGGGCUUCAACAUGCCCCCCCAUCAUGGCCCUCCUCCUCCUCCUACGGCAUAAAUGGCUACUGGCGAUAUGGAGGGGAAGGCGAAGGACGAGGAAGCAGCCCUAUCAUACCUACACACAGCCCCCCUCUCAUCUCACCGUCCCCUGCUCCCCCCUCACUCCAGUACCAACACCGAGGGGGCGGGCAUGUGGACUUUCCGAACAACAUAGAGAUGACAACAAAGUCAGACACACAACAUACGAGCAACACAGAACGACAACCAAGUGAGAAUAAACAAUAAUUAAACGACAAAAGGAAGGUUGUUAUUAAGAUCCUCAAUUGGACUUUACUGAACUCAUUCCUACACCUUCAGGGAUGACCUCAGUAUCUCGCUUUCUUUCCCACUCGGCUCGGCAUCACUUUUCGGUUGGAGGUCGGAAGGGUCACCAUUGGCCUCACUUCUCGCCACAGCAACGCAAGACUGACCUCACUACAUCCUUUUCAGUCUUAUGUUACUGUGUGCCUAUUGUACCUUGAUUAGGAGUAAAGUGCUUCAUUAAAUAUACAAUUAUG